GUCCAGUGAGCCCACCUCGAACGCCAACAACAAGCGAUCAGCAAGGUAUCCGAUCAGAAAGAGACAUUUAAUCCCCCCUCGGCCCGGCAUCUUACUCAUCCCCACGCACCACCCACUCACUCAAUCAUGGGCUCCCCAGAGGACGGCGCGGGCUCUGAACCACUCAAGCGCCGCAGGAUAACUCGCGCAUGCGACAGGUGUCACCGAAGCGGGGUAAAGUGCUCGAAUGGCCCAAAUCCCGCAGUCUGCGGCCCGUGUGCUGCGUUUGGCUCGGAAUGCACCUACAACCGCCCCGUCAAGCGCCGCGGGCCUGUGCCCCGCACGCUCGGAGUCCGAGCGCCGUCUAUCUCGGCCGAGGGGCAGACCAACGGCCCAGAUCACGGCCCAGGCAGCAGCUGGGCGCCGGAUCUCGUUGCCGAGCCCCAGGUGGUCGAUGCCCUCGUGGACAUUUAUCACCGGAUCGUGUACCCAAUAAUGGUCUUCUUCCACUGGCCAACCUUCUCCCGGGAUGUGCGGGAAAGGCGGUACCUCCACGACCGGGCGUUCUAUGCGACCACGAUGGCAGUGUGUGCGAUCGCUUCUGCGAGGGUACGCGACGGUGCGGACGCGAUGGGUGACACAGAAGGCGGUCUGAGCCUCAUGUCGACGUUGCCGGCGUCCACGCCGCCCUCAGAGGUCUUCUACGAGGCGACGAUGCGCGCCUUCCCGCGCGACCUGAGCCAGGCGCCAGACUUUGACUACAAGCGCUCAAAAAUCGUCCUCGCCAUGCUGUGUAUCCAGUACGGACAGGUCAGGCAGCUCAUGACCCACCUCCACGACUACAUCACGCUGUGUGCCGCCGAUGCCUUCCACCUCGAAAGCAGGUGGCCGCCAAAUCUCGCAGAGACGGAGCUGCAAGAGCGGAGACGACUGUUCUGGGCAGCUUACACCAUCGACGUCUACUCUGCCACCACCUGGGGAGGCAUUGUGUCACACCGAGAGGCACAAAGUACAGUGCUGUACCCCGCCGAAGUAUACGACGACGACGAGAUUACACCAGACGGCAUAGUUCGGCUGCCCGGCCCCAACGGGCAGGAGUCUCGAGGAGUUUCAUUCUUGGCUGGGUGGAACUUUACAAGCGACCUUUACCGCAUCCUCGAGCACGCCCUCGACGAUCUCCGCAAGCGUCGCCAACCCCUGGAGAACACCGGCCGAGUCUCGGCACUCUACGCCGAUCGGAAUGGGCCCUCGGCUUCGGAGGUGCUUGACGUGGUCAACAAGCUGUAUGCGGACCUCCCGUCCGAGUUCAAGGGCGCCAAGGCCAUGACUGGGAAUCUUGAGGACGACCGCUAUGGCUACCAGGCCGCCGACAUCAUCGUGUGUAUGCAGACGGUCAAGAUGGUCAUGACGGGACUGGAGGACGCCAGUGUGGAGAAGCGUUGUGCCAUCGCCGGAGAAUUGCUGGACGCACUAUCGACUGUGCCCACGGCCUACAUCCAGGCGAUCAGCUCGCCUAUAUUGCACCACCUGGCCGGCGUCGGACACUUGCUAGGUAGCGUGAUUCAGUCACCCCUGUCACACUGGUCGUACCUCCAGGUCCGCAAUGUUCUUCUCGCCCUCGCGGACCUGCUGUCGACGCUCGAGUCGACCCUGUCAUUCGUCCCCGGUAUCGCCGAGAAGCUUCGGGAUCACGUCUCUCGAAUCGAUCACUAUAUGACGACGGCUGCGAUGGACCGGUCACGCAGAGUGGGAGUGUACCACAAUGCACUGCCGCCGUCGGCGUGGACGUCGGUUCAGGGGGCGAGUAGCACCGUUUCACCAUCGACCGCUUCCGGCGUGGCAGACAGCAGCAUUCGCACGAGUGCGCCGCCGCCAGCCCCAGCGUCUCUCCAGUCAACCACGGUCUCGCCGGGCACCGAAAGGGGCGGCAGCUCUUGGGCUACCCCGUCCGCAGGCCCCGCGCCUGAGUCCGGCACGCAGACGGACGAGCAGUACGCAUCGGUCGCGGGGAUCGUCGACGACCUGUUCAAGCCGCGCAGCGGCUCGACGGGUGACGCUCAGUUCACGCUGCCGAUGGACUUGCUCGUCGACUGGCCGUUUGACAUGGGCGAGGCAUUUGACUUUUUGGGUGGCACUGUAUGAGUAUAGACCUGGAGUUGUAAGCACUUGCAUGCAUUGGGGCGUCGGGGUGUCGAAGAGA